AUGAUUCGUCGAUCUGCAUUUAUAUGUCUUGUCGUAUGUAGUUAUCUUAGCCAAUAUUCAAUACAGGCAACUGUGUUUUCAUGUGAUAAUACUGCUUCAUGUGGUUGCUCACGAUUCAAUGCAAAUAUUAAUGCAAGAAUUGUUGGAGGUGAAACUGCAGCCAGUCAUAGUUGGGGUUGGGCUGUGUCAUUACGUAUUUCUUUUGCACAUAAUAUAUGUGGCGGAAGUAUUCUCUCUCGCUAUUACGUACUUACAGCAGCACAUUGUGUUGAAAAUAGGGUGCUCACACCUAGUGUGUUAUCAAUCGUCGUAGGUGCAGAUACAUUAAAUAGUACGGAAGGACAAACACUUUCGUUGUCGGAAAUUUUCAUUCAUCCUAAUUACGAUUCAAGAACCAAAAAAAAUGAUAUUGCCAUUCUAUAUCUUAGUAAGCCAAUAGAUUUUAACGAUCUCAAUGUUGCUCAAAUUUGUCUACCAACUGUGCCGGAAUCUGAACAAUUUCGAUAUCCUAUUGUCAACAGACCACUUGUAGCCAUAGGUUGGGGGCGUAAUGCCUCAGGUGGUAGUUUACCUAACAGUCUCAGACAGGUGACAGUUAGAACCAUUGGAAAUAAAGAAAGAACGUGUCAAAGUAUAAUCAACAAUGUUGAAUUUCAAUUUUGUGCUGCAGUAAAUGGUGGAGGGAAAGAUACAUGUCAAGGUGAUUCAGGUGGUCCAUUAAUGUAUUAUUCAGAAAAAGACAAGCUAUGGGUUCUGGCAGGUAUAACUUCGUAUGGUCUUGGAUGUGCAUUAGCUGACUAUGCUGGUGUUUAUACGCGAGUAAGCUUAUAUAUCAAAUGGAUUCGGUCGAUUGUGGGUGAUGAUAGUAUGGUAACUAUCCCACAAAAUAAAGCAAAUAUUGAUAGCAUGUCAAUUCUGAUCAUUUUUAUUCUAAUUUCAUUUCGAAUUAUGAUACGCAUUUAG